AUGGCCACGGAAGAUGCUGCCUGGGAAGGGGAGGGUUCUGGUGUGGAAUAUGAUCCGCUCGCGCAGCCGAGCGCAGGGCUCGACCAGCCUGAGGAAACGUCGGAAGCUGUGAGCGAAGCUGCCGAGCCUAUUGAUGAAAAUGAAGAGGACCAGGACGAUGGAGGCGAAUAUGAUCCCGAAUCUGUCGGUUUUGACAGUGUCUCGCACAUACCUGACAAGUCUGCGUCUGGGACACCGUCGCAGAGACCAGCCAACAAACCUAAGAUGUCGGGGGGGUUUCUGGUCGAGGUGUCGGAUGAUGAAGAGGACGAUAACCAGGACGCUCCAUCUGGAGCACGAAAUUCGGCUGCGGCCAAUGCCAACCAAACCAGCAAUGGCACUACGCCCCUUCCCAUUGCCGGCGCGCUUCCUAAUGCACCUCUUGGGCUGGCUGGAGUGAAUCCCGUGGUACUUUUGGAGGCGCGCAUUCAGGAAGACCCGCGUGGAGAUAUGGAUGCGUGGAUCAACCUAAUGGCCGAUCAUAAGCGUCGAGGCAGGCUUGACGAACUCCGCUUACUGUACAACCGUUUCCUUGAAGUGUUUCCCCAAGCGGCUGAUAUUUGGGUUGAAUGGAUUGAAAUGGAACUCAAUCUUGAUAAUUUUGUCGACGCUGAACAACUCUUUGGAAGAUGCCUGAUGUCUGUGCCCAACGUCAAGCUUUGGACGUUAUAUCUUAAUUAUAUUCGACGUCGGAAUGACCUGACAAAUGACCCAACCGGUCAGGCCCGACGUACCGUCACUCAGUCAUACGAGUUUGUCAUUGACACCAUUGGAUUUGACCGUGAUUCGGGUAAUAUUUGGCAAGACUAUGUUCAGUUCAUCAAAAAUGGCCCAGGUCAGGUUGGUGGCACAGGAUGGCAGGAUCAACAAAAGAUGGAUCAACUCCGCAAAGCAUAUCAUCGUGCCAUCGCCGUCCCUAUGUCAUCUGUGAAUACUCUAUGGAAAGAGUAUGAUCAAUUCGAGAUGGGCCUGAACAAAGUUACUGGUCGUAAGUUCAUCCAAGAGAGAUCACCGGGAUAUAUGUCGGCGAAGAGCGCCAACAUUGCUUUGGACAACAUCACGCGAAACCUCAAGAGAGAAAAUCUUCCACGGCUGCCUCCCGCUCAAGGCUUUGAUGGCCAUGAGGAAUUCCAUGCCCAAGUUGAAAUGUGGAAGAAGUGGAUUGCUUGGGAACUGGAAGAUCCUUUGGUCCUCAAGGAUGACGAACCGAAAGCAUACAAGCAGCGAAUUCUGUAUUGCUACAAACAAGCCUUAAUGGCCCUACGCUUUUGGCCCGAAGUUUGGGUUAAUGCAGCCGCUUGGUGCUUUGAAGCCGACAUUCGAGAAAAUGAGAAGGUUCAAGGCACCGAAAUGCUGCUUCAAGGCAUCAGCGCCAACCCAGAGAGCGUGUUGCUUGCCUUCAAACACGCUGACCAUAUCGAAGCCAACUAUCCAGAGAAAGAAGAGGAAAAAUCCGAAUAUGCCAAGGCAGUGCGGAAACCUUACGACGCUGUUUUGGAUACCCUCUACAAAAUGGGCGACAAAGUCAAAGAACGGGAGAAGCUUGAAGUCAACACCCUCAAACAGGCUGCAGCAAAUGAACCCGCUGUCCAAGAAUCUAUAGAGGAAGAUGACGAUGACGACGACGAUGAGGAGAAGAAGGUUAGAAAGUCUCCCACAGAAGAGCGUAUUGCUGCCAUUCAACAGGCGUACGCUGCUGAGUCACAUCUCCUCUCAAAGACAAUUUCUUAUGUCUGGAUCGCCAUGGCUCGCGCCAUGCGACGUAUUCAAGGGAAAGGUAAUCAAACUGAGGGUGGCUUACGAAAAGUUUUCACCGACGCGCGACAAAAGGGCCGUCUAACGAGCGAUGUCUAUGUCGCAGUGGCCUUGUUGGAAUCGGUGGUUUAUAAGGAUCCUGUCGGGGCGAAAAUCUUCGAGCGUGGUGCGCGACUUUUCCCCAAUGAUGCUGGAUUCAUGAUAGAAUACUUGAAGUACCUCCAUUCCAAGGAUGACACCACAAACGCCCGCGUUGUGUUCGAAACAUGUGUCAACCGCUUGGUAUCUAAGCCAGAAACUCUGCAAAAGGCCAAACAACUGUAUGCUUACUUCCACAAGUAUGAAUCGCAGUACGGGGAGCUUUCACAGAUCUCGAAGCUAGAAGCUCGUAUGGCAGAACUGUUUCCAGAGGAUCCCAAGCUGAGUUAUUUCACCUCACGAUAUUCCACCGAAACUUUUGAUCCUGUAGCGGCACCAAUCAUUAUAUCCAAGGCUGUGCAGAUGCGACCAAAACAGCUUAUCCCUGCGAUUGAACAACCCAUCUCUACAAGGGAGAGUAUUCCACCAUCCCGGCAGGAACAAAGCCCAAGGCCACAAUUCAUCCGAGCCACCGCCUCGCCCAAGCGCCCGUUUGGCAUUGAAGACGAGGACCUCAAUCCACCAAAGAGAAUUGCUAGAGGAGUUUCCCCCUUGAAAGGAGCAGCUGGACGACGUCUCGACCAACAGCGCCGUAAUCAAACAUCGGCGCUACCUCGAGACGUGACUUUCCUUCUAAGCCUUUUGCCGCCAGCACCCACUUACGACGAGACACGACUCAACCCGACCAUCAUGGUGUCAUUGCUUCGCGACACCCAGCUACCGGACUAUGCUUCUUGGAAAGCUAAAACCGGCGGUCAAUAUCGCAUCACGUCUGGCAAUCACAGUAGACAGGCGUCUGGAGAUUUUGGCAACCGGCCAACCAGUCCGUACGGACGCAUGGCGGCAGCAUCGGGAGCUUACAGGAACUCGCCACUGAGGACAGAGAGCGGAAAUGCGUUUGCUGCAAAUCCUUACGCUCCGCCACCAGAUGCCAGUGGUGCCACAGCUUCAUCAUGGCAGCCACCUUCUGCUGGCGCCUAUGGAAUACCACCACCCGCGGGACAAUAUGGGGGUUAUCGCUACUGA